CUCUCUGAAACCUUCCUUCUUCUUGUAUCUCGGCGUGGAGGCGGUUUGAGGUCUCGGCUCCCCUUGUUGGGGUCGGGGGGGUCGGAGGUCGCACAGGUUCAAGCGGGGCCGUGUGUGCGUCUGGCAGCUUCUGUGUCUCCAGCUGAAAAUGAUGUAGUUAUGUUGAUAUUUUGACUUCCUGUCUCGUCCCACAGUUCAUCUCGUGGACUCGUCCUUCAACGCGGUCUGACUGGAGGUCAUGUCCCGCCUCUUCCUCUUCGUGCCCGUCAUGGCCGCUCUGUGGUCGGCGGCGGUGCUCAGUGUGUCAGUGUUCUCCGACCCUCCGGAGGCUCACAUGCUGCUGCGGUCCCGGCGGGCGAACUCCUUCCUGGAGGAGCUGAAAGCUCCUUCCAUGGAGCGUGAAUGUUUGGAGGAGAAAUGUGACUUUGAGGAAGCAAGAGAGAUUUUCCAUACGAGGGAAGCGACACUGGAGUUCUGGACGGUUUACACCGAUGGGAACCAGUGUCACUCCAACAUGUGUGUGCACGGCGCCUGCGUGGAUCUCUACCAGGACUACGCCUGCCGCUGUAACCACGGAUACGAGGGCAAAUACUGCGACCAGCCCCAAACCGCCACCAACUGCUCGCUGGACAACGGCGGCUGCGACCACGACUGCUGGGAGGGCGACGACGGCCUGACGAGGAGCUGCAGCUGCGUCGCCGGCUUCAAACUGCACACCGACUCCCGCAAAUGUGUGCCGACAGGUCCGUCGUCCUGCGGCCAGCUGCUGAUCGCCCGGUCGUCCUACACGCAGCGGAAGGACGGCCUGCAGCCCUGGAUGGUGGGCGGCGAGGUGGGCAAGAAGGGGGAGAGCCCAUGGCAGGCGCUGCUGCUGAACGCCAGAGGCCAGUUCCACUGCGGGGGCGUCCUGAUCGAUGAGAACUGGGUCCUGACCGCCGCCCACUGCCUCGACAACAGCCUGCGGUUCCGAGUGCGACUGGGGGACUACGAGCGCUACCGGGACGAGGGCACCGAGGCCACGCUGAGGGUCACCAGGGCCUUCAAGCACCCGAGGUACAACAGCCGGACGGUGGACAACGACAUCGCGCUGCUGCGCCUGCAGACGCCCGCCCCCCAGUCCAAGUUCAUCGUCCCCGUCUGCCUGCCGGGGCGCCGCACGGCCGAGCGGGCGCUCCACCUCAACGGCACCCCCACCGUGGUGAGCGGCUGGGGCAAAGACAGCCUGAACAGCACCACCUUCAGCUCGGCGCUCAACGUCAUCAAGGUGCCGCUGGUGGAGCGCGCCGUCUGCGCCCAGCACAUGUCCCACAACAUCUCCGACAACGUCCUCUGCGCCGGGGUCCUCGGGCAGAAGAUGGACGCCUGCGAGGGGGACAGCGGCGGGCCGAUGGUCACGCUGUACCGGGGCACCUGGUUCCUGUUGGGCCUGGUGUCCUGGGGCGAGGGCUGCGGCAGGGAGGACAAGCUGGGCGUCUACACCAAGGUGUCCAACUACAACGAGUGGAUCAACGGCGUGCGCCAGGACUGGGACAAAGGACUUUAUCCGGAGCCCCCGAUGGUCUGAACCCUCGUUGAGGCCUCAGUCAAGCAGUGAUGUGACGCAUGAAUAAACUGAUUCUGUCUCAAGGCG